CUACACUGGAGGAUUAAGCAGGUAAGCCACAGUGAGGCAAAGCGGCUGGACAAGUAACAUCUGUAAAAUGGGCCGUGCACUGUACAUGGUGGUUCUGUCAGUAGUAUGUCUUUACUGUUCUGUUUCUGCCUGCAAAAAAUCAAGACGGUCUUACUCUAUGAUUAAAAAAUUUAUCAAGCCACCACUGCAGGUGGAAUUACAGUAUGCAUUCAGUGAUGACGCCAUUGUGAAAGACCACUGCAGUCCAACACAGAAACUUUACAUGGGUAAAAAGGUGGUCCUAACUCAAGAUGAUUUUGAAGGCUCUCACUACCCAUUGCUUAUUCCUGAAAGGUUUUCAGGUCCAACUGCCUAUCUGACGUCUGCUGUAUUUUCCACCAGCAACCUUAUCAUGGUUGUGAAUGGCAAAGUGUAUCUCUAUGGACUACAAAGUGGAAGGUGGAGAGCUGCAGUAGGUGUAAAUCUCAAUACGACACACGUCUCUUCACUUCAGUGCUGCACAAUUAUCAGCAAGACCUGCCUGGAUGUCAGCUCCAUUGUUCUGACUUAUGAGAACGGGGUUACUUUGGAUCAGAGGAGAUUGUGGAUAUCCUUCAAUGGCGGUUUUGCAUUUAGGAGACUUCAGAUGAAUUUCACGACUAUCUCCAGUCACAUUGUUGAAGGAUUCAUCAACCUCCCAACAAUAUCGGCCAUUGCACUUGUGCUGAAAGAUGGAAACAAGAUACACCUGAAGUACAUAAUGACAAAGACUGAAGUGACCUCCCAAGUGGUUGUCCUGAGUCCACAAGAUACCACUGUUACAGUGACUCAGGUGCAAGGAUUGAAAGGACAUUUACUGUUGUGGACUCCAAACACUCUGUACUUCUCCACAGAUAAUGGACAAGUUUUGACGAAACUUAAUUUCCAGGCCAGCGGCACAACUCUUCAGACACUUGCCACAAAUGAUUUUGGUGAAAUUGCAAUCCUGCUGCGUAACAAGUUGGUCAUCUAUGGACACAUCAGCCUGAACCCUGACACUAUUCAGCUGCAAGAUCAGCCAGAUAUCCAAGAUGGGUCAGUAAUGAUGUUCACCCCGUCCAGAGAUCUCCUGAUCAUCAAAGCCAUUUCUUCACCUGUGGAUAACGUUGUGGAUUUCUUGCACUGCCCUAUCAUAAUUGACCAGAGUAUUGGAAAGGGAAAUGCUUCUGACGUCUGUCUGAUAGAUGAUUUAGAAAGUGAUUUUUAUGGAAGUACUCUUUACAUCGACAAGACCAGAUCCUUUUUGUUGACCAUGAACUUUGUCUCCAGAUUGUCAAAUGACUUGACUCCUUUGGUGGCUUUAACAAAUCCACACGUGUUAAAUGCAAACACAGCAAUGGAGAAGGACUUCAAGAGCGAGGAUGGGAUGCAUUACUCUUUCAAAAUUAAUGUGUCCUUGGAGCAAGAUGAAAAAAAGAAGGACCCAAGCCUUUAUAACAGCACUAUUGUUGGAAGUUUUGUGACCCUCACCUCAGACUUCAAAGAGAAGGACAUCAGCUGCAGAAAUUCCUAUCCUCAGUAUGCCCAAUUCAGCAUUGGAUGUCCACCCAGUAAAUAUAUCCGGAUUUCAAGCAACUUCACUGUGUGCGAGAAGGACCUCUUCAGUCCCUACCAACUGGCCAACAAUUUCACUUACACGAUUUCAAAAAAUGUCUAUGAUCCUGAGUUUCUUUCUAAUAGUGAAACAGCUACAGAAGACCUAUCUGUGUAUUAUAAUUACACAAAAUAUGGCUGCCCCAUUCUGGUGAAUUCGAAGAUACCCUGGAUUCCACUUCUGGAACUGUGGGAGGACGACCAGUUUGUCGAAUACGUGCCCGCAGAUUUUGUGCUGUAUGAGACCCACGGCAUGUUCAAUUUUGGCUACUUGAAAACUGUCGAGACAUCUCAGUGUGUGACGCAGCCUCAGAACUGGAAGGAAAUGCUGAACAGACAAGUGUUUCCCAACCCAAACACCGCCUGGACAAGAAAGAAUUACAGAAACUGCAGAAACACAAACGGCCCUCCCAUCACUCAUCCAGAUGUGCAUUAUGAAGUUCUGAAGAGACACUACUGGAAUAAAGUGAAGUUUCCCAAAUACAAUGGAAUCUUCAUCUUUAAGGCUAUUGUGGUGGAUCCAGAUUACAGUUUCUGCAGUCUCAACACAACCUUCAGCGUCUAUGUGAUCCGCACAGCCUACCGAGAAAACAGGAUCCAGUCAUCGAAAAUCCGAUACUUAUUGGGGCCGUCUUUUGUGGGCUUCUAUUUAUUUAUGUUUGCUGUGUGGAGGAUUAUCAAAAUGAUUCAAAACAAAUGCUUUUAAGUCUUCAAUUUAUGUUCCCGGGAGAAGAUCGAGAGUGUCUACCGAGCCAUGUAGUUGAAGAAGAAACCUUGACAACCUUUAAGAAACAUCAAGAUGAGAUGUUGGGACAGCUUAGCUAUUAGCUGAACAAUCGAGCUUGAUGGAGUGAAUGGUCUCUCUUCGUUUGUCAAGUUUUUUAUGUUCUUCUGUAAUGGAAGGUGCCACAAAAUAA